AUGCACAACAAUACGAAGGAGUUUGAGGGAGAGAUCAUGCACGGCCAAGUCAAGUUAAUGAGGUUGUCAAAGGAUCCAAACUGCAAAGAGGUUACGGCUAAAGCUAUCAUCUUGAGGAGUGGUAAAGAGAUUGGAACCAAUCCCGAAAUGUCCAAACAAAGCCCAAAAGAGAACGAAAAGCUGCUGCCCAAAGAGAAGGAGGUGGACAAAGCCACAGCAAGGGAGGAACAACCCUUGCCGCAGUCCCCCAAAGCUCCUACACAACCAAACUCAGGUAAGGUUGUUCCAAAUUCAACUCAUUCUAACCCUAUUCCACGAAAUGUGCCUUUCCCUCGCAGGUUUAUGCAAUCUAAGAAAAAAGAGAAUGAAAAAGACAUCUUAGAGACUUUCAGGAAGGUACAAGUAAAUAUCCCACUUCUUGACGCAAUAAAGCAAGUUCCAAGGUAUGCUAAAUUCCUGAAAGAGCUUUGUACAACAAGGAGGAGGAUUUCGAACAAAGAAGUGGUAAGGUUAAGUGAGAAUGUUUUCGCAGUUUUGCAACGAAAACUUCCACCUAAAUGCAAAGAUCCAGGUAGUUUCACAAUCCCUUGUGUUAUUGGUAACACCAAGUUUGAACAUGCCAUGUUAGAUUUAGGUGCUUCCAUUAAUGUUAUGCCAUACUCUAUUUAUGCAUCUAUGAACUUAGGAGAGCUUAAAAACGAUGGCGUUAUAAUUCAAUUAGCCGAUCGUUCUAAUGCAUAUCCGAAAGGAGUUUUGGAAGAUGUUUUGGUGCAGGUUAACCACUUGAUAUUUACAGCAAAUUUUUAUGUGCUUGAGAUGGAGGAUUCGGCUUAUUCUACACCAUUGCCAAUCUUACUUGGACGACCUUUCAUGAAAACAGCCCGAACCAAGAUCGACGUGUUCAAGGGGACGUUGACAAUGGAAUUUGAUGGCGAUAUCAUUGAUUUCAAUAUUUCUAAAGCUAUAAGGUACCCUAUUGAUCAUCACUCGUGUUUCUCUAUUGAUGCAUUUGAUUCUUUGGUGCAGGAAUAUCUCGAAUCCCUAGAUAGGGAUGCCCUUGAAACCACCAUUGUUCAAGGAAUUGAACUCAUCACCAAUGGGGCCAAACCUAAUCAUGAAGAAAUUGGCGAGAUGGUGGCUGCCCUUGAGUCAUUGCCACAAUAUGUUGGUAAGCCUCCAAUGCCAAUUCCAAUUCCCAUUUCUACUAACAAGUUGUUACCUUCGGUGAUUCAAGCACCCACUCUCGAGCUUAAACCAUUACCGAAUCAUUUGAAGUAUGUCUUCUUGGGAGAUGAAGAGACUUUGCCCGUCAUAGUCUCUUAA